AUGGAACUUACCAUGGAGAGCCUGGGCAGCCUGCACGGGGUGCCCCACUCGCAGGCCGGGGAGCUGAUGAGCCCUGCCCACGGCCGGCCGGCCGCCCACCGGAACCUGGUCCCCCACGGCCGGCCGGCCGUGGUGCCCAGCAUGGCCUCGAUCCUGGAAGGCGCCGGGGACUACCGGCCGGAGCACAGCCUGGGGGGUCCCCUGCACCCGGCCAUGAGCAUGGCGUGCGAGUCCCCCUCGGGCAUGAGCCUGAGCAGCACCUACACCACCCUGACCCCGCUGCAGCACCUGCCCCCCAUCUCCACCGUCUCGGACAAGUUCCACCACCACCACCCGCACCACCACCCGCACCACCCGCACCAGCGCCUGCCCGCCAGCGUCAGCGGCAGCUUCACCCUCAUGCGGGACGAGAGGAGCCUCUCCUCCAUGGGCAACCUCUACGGCCACUACCCCAAGGACAUGCCGGCCAUGGGGCAGCCGCUCUCCCCGCUGCCCAACGGCCUGGGCCCCUUGCACAAUGCGCAGCAGCCGCUGGCCCCCUACGGCCCCGGGGGGCACCUGGCCAACGAGAAGAUGCUCUCCCCCAGCGGCUUCGACUCCCACGCGGCCAUGCUCUCCCGGAGCGAGGAACACCUAGCCCGCGGGCUGGGGGCUGGGGGCGCCGGCAUGAUGCCCCCCCUGAACGGCAUGCACCCGCACGGGCACCACCACGGCCAGCCCAACGGCUCCCUGCUGGGCGAGCGGGAGAGGCAGGCGUCCGCCUCGGGCUCGCAGGCCGGCAGCUCCGGGCAGGUGGAGGAGAUCAACACCAAGGAGGUGGCGCAGAGGAUCACGGCGGAGCUGAAGCGGUACAGCAUCCCCCAGGCCAUCUUUGCCCAGAGGAUCUUGUGCAGGUCUCAGGGCACCCUGUCCGACCUCCUGAGGAACCCCAAACCCUGGAGUAAGCUCAAGUCCGGCCGGGAGACCUUCCGGAGGAUGUGGAAGUGGCUGCAGGAGCCUGAGUUUCAGAGGAUGUCGGCGCUGAGGCUCGCAGCCUGCAAACGCAAAGAACAGGAGCAGCAGAAAGACAGGAACCUGCAGCCCAAGAAGCAGCGGCUGGUCUUCACGGACCUGCAGCGCCGCACCCUGAUUGCGAUCUUCAAGGAGAACAAGCGUCCCUCCAAGGAGAUGCAGAUGACCAUCUCGCAGCAGCUGGGCCUGGAGCUCAACACCGUCAGCAACUUCUUCAUGAAUGCCCGCCGGCGGUGCAUGAACCGCUGGCAGGAGGAUGCGGGCGCCAACCCUGGGGUUCCCUCAUCUUCUACAAGCACUUUCUCCAAAGCAUGACGCCCCUCUUCUGUCCCUCCCCGAUCCCCAACCACUCCCUCCUCACGACAAAGCCAACCACAUCCGUCCCCC